GACGUUUAUUUGUUUAUUUGACUGACUUCAAAAGUUCAAAUUGAAUUGAACAACAAAAUACCAAUACGAAAUUUCUAAUGUAUUAUCUAAUAAAUGAGAACUUUAAAGUGUCUUCUGAUACAACUCACAAUAACAGCACAACUUGCGAAUUCUGAACCUCUUGUUAUAUAAACUACAGCAUAUCUUUUCAUUUGUAAAAUAUGGAUAGCAAAGUGCGUCGCAACGGACGUUUGAUUGAUAUUGUGGAUGAGGAAUGGCGAGCCGAGGUUCUGCCACACGAAGAUAUCCAGGUACCGUUAGAAGAACUGCCUGAUCCAGAAGCCGACAGCGCUGAUUCUCACUUGACGCUCAAGGAGCAGAGCUUGCGAUGGCAGGAAAACUUCCCUGAGCCAGCAAAUAACGAACAAAACUAAUCAGUUUUUCAUUUCCGAUUUAUUGUAAUUUUUGUUUUAAGAUAUGUUAUUCUUUUGCAUCUAAGUUUAUUUAAAUAGAACAUUUACAUAUAUGAUAUUGUGUGCAAUUUUAAUAAAAAAAAGUCACUUCAAAAACAUGUAUUGUUUCAACUUAUAUCCGUAUAAAUAAACAUGAAAAGAAUUA